AAUAUAUGAAUUACAGAAAGAACAGUACAAUGAUUUGAAUCAAUCAACUGAUCCCUCUUGAAAUUCUUUAUAUAUAUAUAUAUAGGAGAGCUUGAAGGUUUAAGCAGCAAACUUAGAGAUGGCAGUAGUUAAAGGUCCUUUCCUAUUCUGCCUCAUGGCCUUGGCUUCCUUGUGUGCUUGCACUGAAGCUGCAAAACCCAGCCAUUAUUCGAUGCCUUUCAACCGGAGCAGUUUUCCUGCUGAUUUUAUAUUUGGAGCUGGUUCUGCUGCUUAUCAGUCUGAAGGAGCAGCUCAUAUCGAUGGAAGGGGACCUAGCAUAUGGGAUGCUUUCACCAAGAAACAUCCAGAAAAAAUUUGGGAUGGUAGCAGCGGAGAUGUAGCCUUUGACCUUUAUCAUCGUUAUAAGGAGGACAUACAAUUGAUGAAAAGAGUUGGGUUAGACUCCUUCAGAUUUUCUAUCUCAUGGUCCAGAAUAUUACCGAAGGGCAAAUUAAGCGGAGGAGUGAAUUCACAAGGUCUCAAAUUCUACAACAACUUCAUCAACGAGCUCCUGGCUAAUGGUAUCAAGCCCUUUGUCACUCUCUUACAUUAUGAUAACCCUCAAGUGCUCGAAGAUGAAUAUGGUGGACUCUUAAAUCCCAAGUUUGUAAAGGAUUAUACAGAUUAUGUUGAUUUUUGCUUCAAAACUUUUGGUGAUCGAGUUAAGCAUUGGGUCACAAUGAAUGAACCAAAUGGAUUAAGUAUCAAUGGAUACACCAGCGGUACUUUUGCACCAGGAAGAUGUUCGAAUUACGUUGGAAAUUGCACCGCCGGUAACUCCGCUACUGAAUCUUACAUUGUCGCUCAUCACUUGCUUCUUUCUCACGGAGCCGCCGUGAAAUUGUACAAGGAGAAAUACCAGCAAUAUCAAAAGGGGAAAAUUGGGAUCACAAUAGUGAGCCAUUGGUUUGAGCCGAAAUACCAAACAGCUUCCUGCCGUGAGGCAGCGUCUAGAGCUCUAGAUUUUUUGUUUGGAUGGUUUGCUCAUCCGAUUAUAUAUGGUGACUAUCCACAGAGCAUGAAAUCUUUGGUGGGUAAUCGAUUGCCAAAAUUCACUGAAGCUCAAUCCAAGUUGCUAAAGGGAUCUCUUGAUUUUCUUGGUGUAAACUAUUACACCACAAACUAUGCAGAAAGUGCUCCCUCAACCAACGGUGUCAAUGUCAGUUAUGUUACAGACAGACAACUCACUCUCACUACUUCUAAAAAUGGGAUUCCUAUCGGUACUCCGACAGAUUUGGACUGGCUUUUCAUCCAUCCGAAGGGAAUCCAUGAGCUUUUGCUAUAUAUAAAAGAAAAAUACAACAAUCCUAUUAUAUACAUAACGGAAAACGGACUGGCUGACGCAAAUAAUAGCUCUUUACCAAUUAAAGAUGCCCGCAAGGAUAGUUUGAGGAUAAGAUACCAUUACGGGCAUUUAUCAUAUCUUGCAAAAGCUAUCAAAGAUGGUGCAAAUGUGAAGGCAUACUAUGCGUGGUCAUUCUUUGACGACUUUGAAUGGGAUGCCGGUUACACUGUUCGAUUUGGCUUCACUUUUAUAGAUUUUAAGGAUAAUUUAAAAAGAUAUGUCAAGUACUCUUCGUAUUGGUUCAAGAUGUUCCUCCUAAAAUAAGCUGUAAAAUGACGUUUCUCCUUAAAUAUGAUGUUACUCUGUGAGAGAGUUAAGUGAAUAAAGAGAGAAAAUCGUCUUUCUCCGGCCUAGCUUUAUGAUUCA